AUGGUUCUGUUCCGAACCACAACACCUGACCAUUUCGAAAAUGGAGAAUGGAACACCGGUGGGUACUGCAACAGAACGAUGCCGUUUAAACAAGACGAGGCCAAAUUGAAAAUCAUUGAUGAUAUGAUGCGUGAUGAUGAGCUUGAUGGCCAUCCGGGACCGUGUUUGAGGUUUGGUCUCAUGGAGACAGUGAACAAGCCUCCAUAUGUCUUAUCCGAGACAGAGCUAAGCAAUUUGAUCGAGCCAAAAGAAGCGGGCGAGAGUGAGGUAUCAAUCAAGAGAAUAAUAGCUGGUGUGAAAAAGGAGACCAAUACAAUAGCAGCUGCUCUGAAAAAGAAGAACAAUGUCCAAGAAUUUGAGGUAUCAAUUAAGAGAAUAAUGGCUGAGCUGGAGAGGGAGAACAAGAUAGCAAUAGCUGGUCUGAAAAAGAUGACUGAUGUCCAAGAAUUUAAGGCAUCAACCAAGAGAAUAAUAGCUGGUGUGAAUAUGGAGAUCAAUAUACUAAAAGACCGUGUGAAAAAGGAGACGGAGAAUGCUACUUGUGAUGCUAGAGACUGGCUCAAGGGUGUUUGUUCACUCUUGGAAAGUAAGUUUUGGUAA